CAUUAGAGCUCAGACACUGAAGCGAACGGAUCGAAACGCCCUCGGACUUUGAAACGAAGAUUAUAAUACUCUUCUAGGAGUUACUCACGCAGACUGCUGUUUAAGAAAUAUUUCGCAAUGCCCGCGGAGAGACUUCGUCUUCGAGCGUGGAUAGAGAAAGAAGCAGACGGCGGCAGGCUACCGGGUCUUGAGUGGGAGGACCGUGACAAAGGCAUCUUUAAAGUCUCCUGGAAGCAUGCUUCGAGACAGUGCUGGUCGUUUCCUAAGGACGCCUGUGUUUUCGAAGGCUGGGCAAUCCACAGUGGACGGUACAGGAAAGGUUACGACCGCCCCGAUCCGCGAAGAUGGAAAGCGAAUUUUCGAUGUGCUCUCAACGCUCUUCCGGAUAUCAUUGAACUUCCAAACCAGGGCAUUGCGCGGGGCCAAGAUGCUUAUAAAGUCUAUCAGAUAGUCAGGAAAUCGGUGAAGAAAGACGGCCACAAUAAACGGCAAAGCAAAUCAAGCGCCUCUACCAGUGCGGUUACCAACACAAACGUAACGCCACCAUCCAGAGAUCACACAGCUGCGAAAAGAGCGAGGAGGGAACCAGAGCCAGCGAGAUUGAAGAGAGCAACUCCAGGGGAACAGCCUAGAAAGGCUCCAUACUACCCCCUGCCGGGUAGUAAACCACCAUUCAGUGGCUUUGGAUUCUGGCCAACAUUCCACGCCUGGCCACAUCUGCUUGAUCAUGACUACAUGAAUACGUGGUUCGACCCAAGACCCGAGAUGAAAGACAUUGGAGUUAUGACUCAACCAGGAAUUAAGCAAGAACCUUUGUCUCCAGGCGAUAACAUGAUGGCAUCAUGUUCUCGGGAACUUGUUGACUUAGAAGAGAGUUCCCCAGCAGGUGCCAAGGUCAUCGUGAAAGAAGAAGAUGAGGUACCCAGCGAUCAAGAAAUCAUCGAUCUGGUAGAUCAAAUGUCAGAUCAGAGUAGCUCCUCACUUGAGGAUUUGGACGGCAUGGAGGGAUCAAAUGAGGAAGAUUUUUCGGAAGAUGCUUCUCCUCCAACAGAGCGUCCCCCUCUACGGCUGGUUUUGAAGACUGAAGGCUCAUCUGAUUAUGGGAAUGAGUACACAAGUUCCCUUCCCUUGACUCCAGACUCCACUAGGGAGAUUUUAAGUGUCAUCAACAGGUCAUGAAAAAACGAUAACAAACUCUGCAAGGUUUGAAGACGUCCCAGUGAAGAACUCUUACAGGGAAUUAUACACGUGUAGUCAAGUUCAGCAAUCGAAGGAAACGUAUUUUCACACUGUCUAAGACCGAUGCAAUGAGCUUCGGUCAAAGAACUAUUGGACUUCAAGUCUGCCUAACCUGCCUUAAGAGGACACCUUAAUUACAAACUGCACGUACCUCUUUGGACGUUUAAACGAGUAGAGUUUUCACGUGACCAGAACUAUAGCUAACCUUCCUCUUAUCAGGAGGUGGUGUUUCUUUUGCACAAAUUUUAUUGUAUCAUGUAAGAUAAAUAGUGGUAAAGAAAGAAAAAGUAAUGUAACAUUGUUAGUAGAGUUCAUUCGCUUAAGUUGUAGGCUUACACCUACCUCUUCCAGGGUCAGUAAAUAUGUGUCGAUCUAUGAAGUCUGUGGAUGAAACCUUAGUGUUCAACCAAUCAAAUGAAAGUUAUUGAGGAGUACAUUCAUUUAGUACUGUUUAUUAUACUGCACAACUGUAGAUCCAAUUCUUAAGUCUGUAGAUGUAACUCUAGUGGGUGACCAUUCAAAUGAAAGCCGCUGAACAGUACUUUUAUUUGGUACUACUAUUAUAAAACUAACACUUUAUCUCACAUUAUGAAUCUGGUCACUCCUGGAAGUAAAGAUGGAAGGUAAAACAUAAUAAACUGAUCUAUGGGAUCACUCUAGAGUACUAGCAAUCAGGUUUUGUUCACAAUUUGACGCAAAACGUAAUCUUACAUCAACAACACUCCUGAAUGCCAAUGAAUUGGCAUUCAGAAGCAAAAAUCAUUUGGAAACUCGUCUCUGGGCAUCCAUAAUUAAUUUUCCAUCAAAGAACCAUACAUGCUAUGCAUAUUGACAGAAAUAAAUCGUUUUUACAAAACCUGUUUUAAAACGAGUGGUUAGUACUUUUAAAAAUAUAAAAAACGAAUAUAUAUUUUGUGCGUGUUAGUUUUUUAAGAAGCUUUUAUGCUGUAGGGUCAAAAGUGUGCGUAACAAAAGUCAUUUUUUCUUUAGAAGUUAGCGUAGAAAUGAUUUUAACUGUUCACUGUUUUGUUGAUGUUGCGAUGACCGAAUCAGCGUAGAAGAUAUCGCUUCUUCUUAACCUCGAUAUCAGUCUGACAUGUUUUGUUGAAGUUUUAUCGGUGCAAAUUUUCAAACGUGACAAUAGGAAUAAAGUAAUCAACUCUAUUUUAAGGAGUAUAAGUCUUAUGAAAUAAAGUGGUUUUGUUUUAAUUUA